AUGCCUUCAGCGACAGAUCGGAGAGUGUACGAGGAUCAAAUACCCUCUUUUAUGACCGUGUUUGAUCUGGAUGCCGAAACCAUGGCCGAUCAAGAAACCGUCACCCUUGUGGACCCUAAGUUCGCCGGCAUGGAGUCUAAGGCGCCUGGGCUCAUGAACCCUUCUCAGCAACACCCUUUCCGCACGGCCAUGAUUCCUACGGAUCCAACCCACAAACACCACGAAAGCACCUCCACUCAGAUGUCAGAGUCGACCGACUCUUCUCCCACGACGACGCUGUCCACAACCGACUCAGCUUCUCUCUCGGACCCUUCUCCGUCCUCAUCUCCCGACUCCCCCGUCAACCUCAUCCCUUUGAGCAGCUUCCCCGCGACUACCUUUGGCAACCUCUCUAGCAACACUGCCAGCAUCUCAAACAACCUUAACUUGCCGGGCCCCCCACGCCUGCAGCGGCCUAUGACUUCGCCUUCACCACGCCGGGCGCGGAACAUGAAGGGUCUCUCCAUUCAGCCCCCAUUCGCAACUUCGACGACAACAACGGUGUCUUUAGUAUCGGAACCUUCUUCUCCAUCCUUCAUCAAGCCCAUGAUACCUGCCAUGAAGCGAAAGCCGAGUCAGUUGAGUCUUAAGACUAAUACCUCCGAUUUCAUCUCCAAGACUACGCUCGAGAUUCCUGCGUCACCAGCAAUGCCCCCGAUGUUGCAGCGCCGUGCCCUCAAGCAUUCAACGUCAUCUCCUCACAUGCUGUCUGGUCUCAAGUCAACCACCUUUGGUCCAGCAGGCGGCAUGACUUUCCCCAAGGUUUUAGAACGCAACGAAUCGGGUCUGUCUGAGGUUCUGCGACCAAUGAAGUCGAGUAUGAAGAUGUCGUUUGAUGCCGUGAUUACGGAGGAGGAAUCACCCAUCAAGACUCAAUUGGCCAACCGAUCAGAGCUAGAGCCGUUCCAGGAGAACGAGAAUAACGAGGACCUAAAGACUCCAGGUUAUCCCGACGGACCCAUUGCUAUCUAUGGCGACAACGUUUUCCUCUACCUGGAACCCACGGCUGAGGAAGCAUCCCGCUUUGACGUGGUAAUUAACGUCGCCCGCGAGGUUAAAAACCCCUUUGAGAUUCGAAAGGCCGCCCAGGAGUACCAGACAAGACUCAACCAAUUCCGACAACCCACGCCUGAGGAAGAAAGCCCCAUCCCUGACACCGCUGUGUCAACCGCUAGCUUUUCUACGGCCUUCGAGUACCCCCUUGCUGAGGACUCGAUCGAAACACCGACCACCCCGAAGGCAUUCUCCUUCAAGGACCCGGAAUACAUUCACAUACCCUGGGACCACAAUACCGAUAUUGCACCGGAUCUAAUGAGAUUGUGCGACACCAUUGAAAACCGGACCAAAGAGGGCAAGAAGGUGCUUAUCCAUUGCCAGCAGGGCGCUAGCCGCUCUGCCAGCCUCAUCAUCGCCUACGGCCUAUACCAGAAACCCGAAAUGACAGUCAACGAUGCUUAUUAUGCAGCACAAGCUAAGAGCAGAUGGAUCAGUCCCAACAUGAAACUCAUGUACUCAUUGCAGGAUUUCCAGAAGGAGAUGUCAACAAAGCGAUCAUCCCCACCCUCAUUCCGACCUCGUACUGGAAGAAGCCCAACAAAGCACCGAUUGACACUUUCGGCCGAUGCCAUUGAAAUCAACCCUAAAGAGCCGAAAACUGCGCCUCUGCCCGAGACGGAUGACCGAUCCAACGAGGCAAGCCCUGGACAAAGCCCCAACCGACUGAGAGGGAACUCGACACCAGGUCCUCGACCAGCAGUCUCGCCAGGUCCAGCCUCAGCACCACCCAACUACACAUGGGCGGAGGAAAUCGAGCAAAAGACCGAGGAACGUUUGAACCCUUUCAAGUUGGGUGAGUUGCCUGCACGACCGAAAUCCGGCCAUGGCAGGCCCCAUCCAACUCUGGCACCAGGUCCAGUGUUGAAUCCAUGGUCUAAACCGCCUCCGUCACCUGGAUUCUCCUCGCCUGCGAACUUCGGGUUUCAAACCUUGUCAUAUCCCCGAUUUAGCGAGCAGCCAGUUGGCAAGUUGGUAUUAUUCGACGAGCCUGUCGAAAGGACCAUUUCCAUCCCCGGUGGAUAUCCUGAAGAUGAUGAGGCUCUCAUGUCUCCUCGGGUCGAAACGAUGACCAAAAACCCACUUCACUCUUACCCCGAUCCACCUAGUAUGCGAUUCGUCGAGUGUCCCCCAACACCAAGCGAGGGCCUCUUCUCACCCCGAGCUGGCAUGUUUCCCCGGGAUCCAUUCUCGUCGUUCGUGGGACCUCAACCUGUGUCGGAUCCUCGAAGUCCUCCCACCAUGGGAGAGGCGCCGAUUGUGCGUUCGAUCGACGACUUGUUAUGA